GUUAUAUACGCAUGAAUUAAAGAUAAAAAGAGAGAGACAUAGCAAUGGUAAUUCCGAUAAGUAGUAAGGUUUUACCAGGUUAUCGAUAAGUUGACAGCUAGUCUUCGCAAUUUGCGAGUUUGUUUACGUCGAUUAAUGUAAAGAAAUCUAUAAAAAUGAGUAACGCUAAUGAUUAUGACGAGGAUUUAACGACCGACGCCAAACCAAUAGACACAGAACCCAACGUGCACAAAGAAAAAUUAAAUAAAUCAAAAUCGGACGAUGGCGAUACAAAACACACAAAACAGAUUGAAGAGGAUGUUGAAGAUGCAAUACCAAUUACGUACAAAGUGAACAAUAUGAAGAAAAAAAAGGGAAAGAACCUAACUAAUAGCCCCACAGCAAACAUAAUAAAUAUUGCAAAUUGUAAUGGAGUACAAAUUGGCAAAAGUAUAACAUACAACAUACAAAAAAAAGAAUCAAAAGAUGAAUCUGAAAAGAAGCAAUAUCAAAAAACUAAAACAAUAACAAAACUAUUUGAUUGCAAAGAAAGGGUGAACGAGGAUGAUCUUAUGUUUGUUUCAACUCAUGUUGGCGAAGGCUGGCGAGAUAUCGGACGAAAAUUGAAGUAUUCUGAUGGGCAAAUAUAUCAAUUUGAAGAAACACAUAGAAUAAAAGGAAUCAAAGAAGUUGUUUAUCAAAUGUUAUUAGAUUGGAUCCAAAACGAGCCAGAAACAGCAACGCUGGGAAAAUUAAGUACAAUUUUAUGGGAAACUCAACAAGAAGAAGUCGUCCACCUGCUAUCGACCAAAUUAACUUUGUAAAUAAGCUCAAUUUGUGAUAAAAUUAACUUUUUUUUAUA